AUGGCCACGGCGGCUUCGAAUGCUUGGGAGAUAGAAUUCAAUGAUCGAAACGGCGAUGGUAUGACAGCCGAGAGGCGGGAGAAUUGCUUUAUGACCCCUGUGGAAGGCAGCGGGGGGCAACGAGCCGCUGUUUGUAACGAGUCUGAAGAUGGGCGCAUGUCACGGAUCAAGGCCAGGUCGUGUACGAUGAGUUCGAAGAGCUACCCCCACCCCUGUAGGAAUAUUCUGCUGCUCCGAAUAAUAGCAGCACUGGUUCUCAGAGAGUUUACGAUUUCCCACUUAUCGUUCAUGGACGGCUUUGAAGUAUAUCAGUACCAGGCGUACUCUUUUGAGACCUAUUCGGCCUCAAGCGCAGCUUCAAGCCCUCACCUUUCUACGCCAUCUCCACCCCAAUAUCAGAACUAUGAUUUCGGAGCUGGUCAGCCUUAUUCGUAUCCCUCUCUGAACCCCUUUACAAGCGGAGAGUAUUUGCACCCAAACGAGGUUCCUAUCAGCAUCGCUCCCCACGAAUUGCAUGAACCAGACUAUCUGCUCCUUGCCCAACCAGAGCCGGCUACCGACGACUAUACUGUCAUGCAAGCUGUCAUGCCGCCGGAGUCACUGGUAAACGAGCAGUCCCAGAGUCUGACCUGUCAAGUCGCUAUGGACCUCUUCCCGAUGAAGAAGGACAGACAAAGAGGUAAUGCCAACCUCUUACGCUCCGUGAGUACCCAGAGCGACAACAUGGAUGCAACAUGUGCAUACGUAAAUUCAAACGUCGCGCAGACCUUGCGCGGCACAUCAAGCGGCAUCAGGGUGUUCGUCCUUAUGAGUGCCUUGGAACCUCUUGUCCCCUUCCACCACAACAAAAGUUCUUCUUCCGUGCUGACGCCCGCCAGCGUCACUGGAAGGCCUACCCGCAGUGUGAACGAGAGUUCUAUGCCACUGAAGCAGGCAUGGAAUGGUGAGCAGAAGAAAAAUCGGAAUAGAUCCCAAAAAAGCCGUGGGCUACGACGAUACCAGAAGGCGAGCUCUCGUGACUCUAGUCUAGAAGCCAACAGUCACGAGGGUGACGACGAUUACGACGAUUCAGACGACGCUGACUAUCGAG